AUGUUGUCCCUCACUUCGGUCUUGAUAGCAGUUGUCUGCGUUUUGAUCGUGUGGAUCUUUAAAAAUGAGGAUAGAAGCGUGGAGAGAAGGAAGGGGGAGGCGAGAGCCGGGUCCCAGGCUCGGCCCUGGGUGGAUGAAGACCUGAAGGACAGCACUGACCUCCAGCAGGUGGAAGAAGAUGCUGAUGAGUGGCAAGAGUCAGAGGAAAGUGUUGAGCAUAUCCUGUUCUCCCACACCCGGUAUCCUGAGGAGGAAAUGGUUACAAGAUCCCAGGAAUUUUAUGAGCUUCUCAAUAAGAGACGCUCAGUGAGAUUCAUAAGUAAUGAGCAAGUCCCAAUGGAAGUUAUUGAGAAUGUCGUCAAAACAGCAGGAACAGCCCCAAGUGGGGCCCACACAGAGCCUUGGACCUUCGUGGUUGUGAAGGACCCAGAUAUGAAGCAUAAGAUCCGGGAGAUCAUUGAGGAGGAGGAGAGAAUAAACUACUUGAAAAGGAUGGGACAACGAUGGGUCACAGACCUCAAGAAAAUUAGAACUAACUGGAUUAAAGAGUACUUGGACACAGCUCCUGUUUUGAUUCUCAUUUUCAAACAAGUGCACGGCUUUACCGCCAACGGCAAGAGGAAGGUCCACUACUACAACGAGAUCAGUGUGUCCAUCGCAUGUGGCAUCCUCCUUGCUGCCCUGCAGAACGCGGGACUGGUGACCGUCACCACCACGCCUCUCAACUGCGGCCCCCGUCUGAGGGUGCUCCUGAGCCGCCCCACAAACGAAAAGCUGCUGCUGCUGCUCCCCGUGGGGUAUCCCAGCAAAGAGGCCACGGUGCCCGACUUCAGACGGAAACCUCUGGACCAGGUCAUGGUGACUGUGUAG